UCGCCCCGCUCGGUCGACUCGCCCCGCGACCGCGACCGCGACCGCGACUCGCACCGCUCGCCGGCGAGUCACCGAGACCGUGACCGGGACCGGGACCGCGACCGCCGGCGGCGAGACGACGACUCGCACUACUCGUCGGAGCGCAGCUCGAGGCGCCGAGACGACCGCAGCCCGCGCGACCGGGACCGCGACCGCGACCGCGACUACUCGAGCCGCCACGACCGCGACUACGCCCGGCGCGACCGCUCGCCCGACCCUCGCGACCGCGACCGCCGAGCGCGCUCGCCCGUCCACCGCUCGUCCGCCGCCGCCGCGCCGACCAACGGCCUCACCAACGGCUCGCACUCGCCUGCGGCCGAGUCGCCCGCACCGCCACCCGCAGCGCUCUCGGCGGCCGAGGAGGAGAAGCAGCGCAUCAAGCGCGAGAGGCUCGAGGCGUGGAAGCGCAAAAAGGCGGCCGACGCAGCCGUCGCAUCGCCGGCCCCGGCUAGCCCUGCGCCAGCGAGUCCCGUGCCGCCGAGGGCCGCUCCUGCUGCAGCUGCGCCGCCGGCGGCCGGCCUUCCUCCCAAGCCUGACAGCGACCUCGACGAGGAGGGUGCGGCGUAUCGCGCGAGGGCGAACGCGGUGCGGGCGGCGAGGAUGGCGGCGCUGUUGGGCGCCGAGGCGGCGGCAUCGUCGUCGUCGUCGUCGUUGUCGUCGGGCGUUAAGAAAGAGGAGGGCGACGGCGACCAGAUGGACGUCGACGAGCCGGCGGCGGCGCCAGCAGCAGCAGGCGCCAAGGUCGAGGAGGAGGACGAGGAGGAGGACGAGCUCGAGGCGUUCAUGAAGGGCGUCCAGAAGCAGGUGCGCACGGUCGACAAGGCCGACGCGGUCAAGCUCGGCAUCAAGAAGGCGCCCGAGGUCCUCGAGGCGGCAGAGCCGGGCGAGGACGAGGUCGACGAGGAGGAGGACGAGCUCGCAAAGGUCGGCAUGUCGGCCGCCGACAUCCUUGCACUCGCCGCCAAGAAGGUCAAGAAGGGUCGCGAACUCGCUGUGCCGGACCACAAGAACAUCGACUACCUGCCGUUCCGCAAGGCGUUCUACACGGCCCCGCCCGAGGUCGAGCAGCUGUCGCAGGCCGAGGUCGACGCGCUCCGGCUCGAGCUCGACGACAUCAAGAUCCGCGGCGCUGAGCCGCCAAAGCCGGCGACCAAGUGGUCCUACUUUGGCCUGCCCGCCGCGUGCAUCGACGUCAUCAAGGCGCUUGAGUACGCCGCGCCGACGUCGAUCCAGGCCCAGGCCAUCCCGGCCGUCAUGAGCGGGCGCGACAUCAUCGGCGUCGCCAAGACUGGGUCGGGCAAGACGAUGGCGUUCAUCCUGCCCAUGUUUCGCCACAUCAAGGACCAGCCGCCGCUGCGCCCGCUCGAUGGCCCGGUCGCCAUGAUCAUGACGCCCACGCGCGAGCUCGCGACCCAGAUCUACAAGGAGUGCAAGCCGUUCCUCAAGGCGCUCGGGCUCAGGGCGUCGUGCGCGUACGGCGGCAUGCCGCUCAAGGACAACAUCGCCGACAUGAAGCGCGGCAGCGAGGUCAUCGUGUGCACGCCGGGCCGCAUGAUCGAGCUCCUGACGACCAACUCGGGCCGGCUCAUCAACCUCCAGCGCGUGACGUACCUCGUCCUCGACGAGGCCGACCGCAUGUUCGACAUGGGCUUCGAGCCCCAGGUGAUGAAGAUCCUGGGUCAGAUCCGGCCCGACCGCCAGACGGUCCUGUUCUCGGCCACGUUCCCGCGCCAGAUGGAGGCGCUCGCGCGCAAGGUCCUGCGGCGCCCACUCGAGAUCACGGUCGGCGGGCGCUCGGUCGUCGCCGACACGAUCACGCAGGUCGUCGAGGUUCGCCCCGAGGAGUCCAAGUUCAACCGCACGCUCGAGCUCCUCGGCCAGCUGUUCAACGACGAGUCGGACGCGCGCGCCCUCAUCUUUGUCGAGCGCCAAGAGUCGGCCGACAAGCUGUUUGUCGACCUCCAGAACAAGAACUACACGUGCAUGCCGCUCCACGGCGGUCGCGAGCAGGUCGACCGCGACCAGACGAUCGUCGACUUCAAGAACGGCUCGUGCCCGAUCGUCAUCGCGACGUCGGUCGCCGCGCGCGGCCUCGAUGUCAAGCAGCUCAAGCUCGUCGUCCAGUACGACGUGCCCAACCACAUGGAGGACUACGUUCACCGUGCGGGCCGCACCGGCCGUGCCGGCAACACGGGCACGUGCGUCACGUUCAUCACGCCCGACCAGGAGCGGUACGCCGUCGACAUCCUCAAGGCGCUCACGGCGAGCAAGGCGCCCGUCCCGCCCGAGCUCGAGGCCAUGGCGCAGGCGUUCGCCGACAAGGUCAAGGCGGGCAAGGCGCAGGCCGCCGGGUCGGGCUUCGGCGGCAAAGGGCUCGACCGCCUCGACAACGAGCGCGACGCGGCGAGUCGGGCCGAGCGCGCCGCGUACGGCGAGACGGCCAAGGACGACAAGAAGAAGGACGGCGCCGGCGGCGAUGACGGCGACGAGGGCGAGCAGGCGGCCAAGAAGGUGGCCGACCUCGAGGUGCAGAUCCACCGCGGGCCGGCGCCCAACCUCGAGAAGGGCAAGAUGAUCCCGUCGGCGGCGUCGACGACGACCCCUGCGCCUGCUGCGCCCGCCGUCGACUCGAAGGCCGCCGAGGCCGCCGCCAAGAAGGCCGAGCAGGAGGCUCUCGCCGCUGGCAAGUCGGCCGGCGUCGCAGGUGCCGCGAGCGUCAUCGCCAAGUUCAACGCCAUGCUCAAGGCCAAGCAGUCGGGCCACGCCGCGCCCGUCACGGACCACUCGACCGAGGCGGCUCGGCGGCGCGACCCGGACGCGACCGACUACCACGCCAUCGUGUGGAUCAACGACUACCCGCAGAAGGCGCGGUGGAAGGUCACCAACAAGGACACGAUGGUGCACCUUGUCGACUCGACCGGCGCCUCGAUCACGAACAAGGGCAUCUUCUACGAGGCGGGCAAGGAGCCCGGCCCGAACGACCUGCCCAAGCUGCACCUCCUCAUCGAGUCGAACGAGGAGUUCAGGGUCCAGCACGCCAUCGCCGAGAUCAAGAAGGCGCUCAUCGAGGGCGCGACCAUGGCGCUCGAGGCCGAGCAGCGCCAGCAGGCCGGCGGUGGAGGCGGUGCCGCCAUCGGUCGCUACAGCGUCAUCUGAGCCGGCGCGCCCUCUCUCUCUCUCUUUUUCUCCUCUUCUCCCUUCCGUUCCGCCUCUAUCAUCCAUACCUCUCGCAUCUCUCGAACUAUUGAACUCGAAACCCUCGUUCUCCCCUCA